ACGUUCAUCCGGGAGCUCGCUUGUGCGGAGUUUCUGGCGCAUGCGCAGAGAGGUCGCUACAAGAUUUGUUCGGAAAAGAGUGGUGCGAUGUUAGCGAAAAAUCCGAAGAAUCCUCGCAACGGAUGGACUCCAGCAGCAUGAAAACAAACAAGAACGGUGCUUCGAUCGUGGACUAACACCGUGCCGCAGGUCCGGAGCCGGCCGAGCGACCAGUGGACGAGGUGAAGCCCCCCGAAGAGUCGCGAUAUUGUUGUCAGAAUCGCCCACUGUCCUUCCAAGAUGGCGGCGUAUUUUCGUUGAAAAAAAAUUGACAGGGUAUCCCCCCACCAGAAACCACCGCCAGUUCGUUCUCUCCGGCCGGGGGCCUCACGAGAAAUGGAGCUUCGAGUCGGCAACAAGUACCGGCUCGGACGGAAAAUUGGCAGCGGAUCCUUCGGGGAUAUUUAUUUGGGGACAAACAUAACGACGGGUGAGGAGGUGGCCAUCAAGCUGGAAUGCAUCAAAACGAAGCACCCGCAGCUGCACAUCGAGUCCAAGUUCUACAAGAUGAUGCAGGGUGGCAUCGGCAUCCCUCUGAUCAAGUGGUGCGGCUCGGAGGGUGACUACAACGUCAUGGUGAUGGAGCUGCUGGGCCCGUCGCUCGAAGACCUGUUCAACUUUUGCAACCGCAAGUUCUCGCUCAAGACGGUGCUGCUGCUGGCCGACCAGCUGGUGUCGCGCGUGGAGUACAUCCACUCGAAGAACUUCAUCCACCGCGACAUCAAGCCGGACAACUUCCUCAUGGGCCUGGGCAAGAAGGGCAACCUGGUGUACAUCAUCGACUUUGGCCUGGCCAAGAAGUACCGGGACUCGCGGACGCACAACCACAUCCCCUACCGGGAGAACAAGAACCUGACGGGGACGGCCCGCUACGCCUCCAUCAACACCCACCUGGGCAUCGAGCAGAGCCGCCGGGACGACCUGGAGAGCCUCGGCUACGUGCUGAUGUACUUCAACCGUGGCAGCCUACCCUGGCAGGGACUGCGGGCUGCCACCAAGCGGCAGAAGUACGAGCGUAUCAGCGAAAAGAAGAUGUCGACGCCCAUCGAGGAGCUGUGCCGUAGCUUCCCCUCGGAGUUUGCCACCUACCUGAACUACUGCCGGUCGCUGCGCUUCGACGAGAAGCCUGACUACUCGUACCUGCGGCAGCUCCUACGCAACCUGUUCCAUAGGCAGGGCUUCACCUAUGACUACGUGUUUGACUGGAACAUGCUCAAGUUUGGCGGGAAUCGGAGCCAGGCUGGCGGUGCCGAGGCCGGAGCCACGGGGGUGGUCGGGGCGGAGGGGGGACCCGAAGGAGGUCACCGGGCUCAAGGAGGAGCCCAGCAGGUGCACCACGCGUCGACGGCGGCCUCGCGGGGCCUGCCCCCCACCACGGCGUCGGGAUCACAGCGGCCUCCCUACCGAGGGACCUUCCUGACCGGCAUGAACGGCGAGCAGCACGGCAUGCCCGCGUCUCCCCCCUAUCCCCCCUGGAGGAAGGGCGCCGACCACCACAACGCCGCAUCCGGAGCUCUCACAAAGAGCGGCGUAGCAAAAGCGUCGGACAGGUAGAGCGACGGCACCGUAAGCACCGAUUGAGUCCUCCCUCGCCACAUUAAUAUUUUUGUCUCCCUCCCCUCACUGCCGCUUGCACCCCCUGUUGCAAGGGGUUCGAAUGUCAAAGGGCAGAGGUGGGGAGGUUCACUGUUGCUGCUGUUGCUCCUUCAUGUGGGACUGUUAACAAUUUGACACUGCAAGGAGGAUUACAAGGAGGAGGCUUUGCUUGUCCAGUCAAGAAGAGGUCAGGAGGGGCUUACGCACACGGCAGUGGUUCGUCCGACCUGCCCACGCCUCUGACUGGUCCGUCGUGCAUCAAUCUGCAAGGGAACAAGAAGUUGUGGCGGCUCGUGUUCUCUCGAACCACGUCGCCGUCGUGCGCGUCUCCUCGUCGUGGUGUGCCGGCGAGCAGCGCUGCCGUCUGUUUUGUGCGGGUCUGCUGCUGCGACUAGGGUGGACGACGGGAACUCUGUGACGUUUGGGUGGGGAGGGCAAGUUUUGUUUUGUGGCGGAUGAGCCCUCCGCAAAAAACUUUUUUUUCGUCGUUCCUUCUCGGCGAAUAAUGCCUCUCCGUUCUGUGCGUGCGUUUCCCAUCCUCCUCCCACCCAGCCCUCACUUAACUCCUUGGCAGGGACAGCUGAAACGGAAAGUGAACUUUUCAAAUUGUUGCCCUUUGACCGUAAAUCGUUAAGCAUUAAAAGAAAAAGCAGCGUACCUCUAAGCAAGCGCAAAAAGAACAGCUGGCCGGUUGCUUUUUUUCUUUUACGUUGCGAUUUCUUGCAUGUGCCUGUGCCAAGUUUGGUGUUGGCAGUAUGUUUUUUCAAGUGGAGGCACUGUGGCUUCACUUUUCUCAAGGUGUGUUCCCAACUUUUGUUUUCUCUCUGGAUUCCUUAGAGACUACUCUCCUAGAAAAAAAAAUAGUCCCGAGUGACCGCGCUCCAUUGGAGUUCGAUGAACACUUGCAAAGAUGUCUACUCCCAACGAGUGUGCUUCUUUUUUUCUCCCUCUAUUUUCUGUGCAGAGUUGUUAGUGCUUCUCAUCCCGUCCCCCAUGACCUCACACUUUCUCUGCGCAUGUUGUUUAUUUUUCCCCAGGCUCAGUGAAUAGCCUUUUUUUUUUUGCAAUAUAUUUUUCUUUGGUUGGGUAGGCAUCAGUCACUUACUUAGAGCCGUCCCGACAACAGUGCAUAGAUACUGAAAUCUCAAGAAAUUAGCUACCCAGUUAGUUUUGGUAGAAGGGGGGAGAGAACUUGUUGGUCAAUGCUUUUAUGGACUUCGUCUGUGGCAUUGUCGAGAACGAAUCAUUGUUCUGACAGCAGGGGCGCAUGGCAACUCAGGGGAAUAGGAAAGAAAAUGUUCUGCUGCUUCUCUCCGGUCUGUAAAUUACAUUGUGUGUAAUAUAUAUAUAACCCAGGCGCGAGAGGGCUCUGUGCACGAAGCGCGCACCAAAGCGAAACGAAGUGUUCACAUCCGAAUGGGGGAGUGUUGGUAAUAGGGUGGGUAUUGUGGGAGCUACGGCCUCUUUUUCUUUUUUUCUUUCUCUCUCUUCUCCCUUUUUGUGAACAGCCAUGCAUUGGGCUACGCUUCCUCUGUUUUGUUGGUGUCAUGUGCGUUUCAUUUUAGUUUCUGCAUCCGCUUGGAGAGCUGUGUGCCGUCGUUCUCUGUGAUGACAGCGGAGAUACCGGCGUCCCAAGCUUUGAGGUGCACCUACACCUCCCAUGCCCUCCAUUCUCCCCCUUCGUACAAAGAAGUGUGUGCAACACGGAUGCUUAGGGAAAAAUGCACAGGCUGCCAAGAUCUCCGUCUGGCUAGUAACCGUGCCCAGUUAUACACUUGUGUAUAUUUUUUUUUUUUUGCCUGUUGGAUGUAUCUCCGUGGCGCCUGUACGUACGAGACCCGCUGACGUGCUCCGGCUUUCCGCUUCACCCUGUGAGAGUGUGCAGCUUGAUGUUGCUUGUUUUUACGGAGUACCCAGCUGCCGUAUACCACCAGCGGAGGAGUGGGAGAGGAACUUCUGGCGGGCGCGCCGCCGCCUUUAGACUCGGGGCAAAUCACUCGCUCAUGAGGUGUCCCGGUCGCUCUGCGAGACCUUCUAAGAAACCUCAGUUGUCGUAAUUCACUUACCUCUGUAUUUAGGGAGUUGGAACCCCGCCUUUUUUUUUUCUCAGCCCCACUGUAGUUUUGGUUCCCCUUACACCCCAGCUGUGCACGUGGCUGAUCCCACCACCCCUCUGUUGUUCGUAACAUGUGGCACAUGUUCGGUAAAAGAGCAGGCAAAACUCUGUUAUCGUCUGGUGCGGAGAAUGUAGACGACGGACAACUUGUUCGUUGUUUCGUGUACGGCGGUGUAAGUUUGCCAGGAUGAAUGUGUUUUCUGGGAGGAGGUGGCCGCCAAGACAAGGACUGAAUAUAGGCUUUUUCAUUAUUUUUUUUUGUAGGAAUGGAAAUGACUUUGUAAAUCACUAAGAAGAAACAAGGAAAAAAAAAGUGAUUACCCGUGCUGCGUGUGUGAGAAUGCUUGUUUUGUGUGUGUGUGUUGGAGUGAGUGUUCAAGAGAAAACAAACAAAAAAUUGACUGGUUCAGAGUGCGUGGAACCGUGUGUAUGUAUUGCGGUGUUAAGCUUGUGGAAUUUGAAGUCAGGUUUCUGUUUUAACAUUUUUAUAUAUAUAUAGUAUGCCGAAGAAAAAAAAAACUCGAACGAAGAAACAAAGAAAAAUGACGCUUUGUUUGACUCUGUCGUCUAAAACUGAGUAAAUAAAUAUAUUGAAUGUAUUAAAACUUCAAAA